GGCGGCGGCGGCGGCGGCGGCGCCUGGAGCCGGGGUCGGAGCCGCCGCGACUGGAUGCAGCUCCCGCUUGCCGAGCGGCUCGGGAUGGAGGCGGCGCGCCACAGACUCGGGCCCGGCGGGGAUAGGGCCUUUGAAGAUGAAAACAUGAAGCUCCGACAGUUGAAAUUGGAUAAUCAGCGAGCUUUGCUAGAAAAGAAGCAAAGAAAGAAGCGUCUUGAGCCCCUCAUGGUGCAGCCAAACCCAGAAGCCAGGCUGCGCCGGUCAAAGCCAAAAGCUUGUGAAGAGCAGACCCCUUUGGUGGAGCCUCACACUCACCUCUGCAGUGAUGUGGUUUUGCAUGGAAUUGAUGGCCCAGCUGCCUUCAUGAAACCAGAGGCUCAAGAUUUGAGAACCAAACUCCACGUUCUCUCAGUGGGCUCUUCCACCACAGAAGAGGAGACUGAGGCCAACUUGGAUGGGGAGAGUAUUGUAGACAGUGCCUCGAAACCAGAUCUCCAGGAACUUCUCCAGAAACGUGGCAUCUCUGACAGUUUGAACUUUGAUGAAGAGGCAACUGAUGGGGAGGAAGAAGAAGGAAAGAAGUCAGGAAUUCACUCACCUUACUCAGAAACACAGCGACCCAGUUCAGGAUCCAGCCAGAAAUCAGUCACAGUAUGUGGUUCUGGAAGCUCUUCCUUUUGGGAUACAGGGGCCUCCUGUACAGCAUCCCUUCAGGCUGAUAACCAGCUGGGAGAAGUAGAAAAUUUAGAAGAUUUUGCAUUUCGUCCUGCUCCUCGAGGGAUUACAGUAAAAUGUCGGAUCACCAGGGAUAAGAAAGGAAUGGACAGGGGCCUCUACCCCACCUAUUACAUGCACUUGGAAAGGGAUGAAAAUCGGAAGACAUUCCUUCUUGCUGGAAGAAAGAGAAAAAAGAGCAAAACGUCAAACUACCUCAUCUCUAUCGACCCAACAGAUUUAUCUCGGGAAGGGGAGAGCUACAUAGGGAAACUCAGGUCCAAUCUCAUGGGAACCAAAUUUACAGUGUACGACCAUGGAGUAAGCCCGACUAAGGCUCAGGGCCUGGUUGAAAAGGUCCAUACACGUCAGGAGCUUGCAGCCAUCUGUUAUGAAACCAAUGUGCUUGGGUUUAAGGGUCCCAGGAAAAUGUCCGUGAUUAUUCCAGGGAUGAAUAUGAGUCAUGAACGAAUCCCAUUCCAGCCACGAAAUGAGCAUGAGAAUUUGCUUUCCAAAUGGCAAAAUAAAAACAUGGAAAAUGUGAUUGAGCUACACAACAAAGCCCCAGUCUGGAAUGACGACACUCAGUCCUAUGUCUUAAAUUUCCAUGGCCGGGUCACUCAAGCAUCUGUGAAGAAUUUUCAGAUCGUCCAUGCAAAUGACCCUGAAUAUAUAGUCAUGCAGUUUGGACGUGUGGCAGAAGAUGUGUUCACACUGGACUACAACUAUCCCAUGUGUGCUCUCCAGGCCUUUGCUAUUGGGCUUUCCAGCUUUGACAGCAAGCUAGCAUGUGAAUGAAAGAAGACAAGUCAUGCCCCAAACCUGUCUCUCAAUCCAUGAAGCUAAAUUUAGGGAGAAAAUAACUUCCCUCCCCAAAGUGUGAAAGAGAUCAAAAAAAUCAGCCAGUAUCUUUUGGAUUGAUUCCGGCAUAUACAAAAAACUAUUCACUGGAAUUUCCAGCCCCUACCAGGAAUGGCAGCGCAGUAUAGAUGAAAGAUUAUUCAAGCUGCAAAGAAAAUUUUACCUGUAGCACAUUAACGAGGCUUACUUGUCCUGUGCCUCAAAGAUCAGUUUUUCCUAUGCCUGGAAUCUCUUGCAUCUGGCAUCAGGUUCAGAUUAUUUCAGGUACUUAUCUGUUUUCAGAAAGGGACAGUUGUUUCCUAACAUUCUUUUGCCCCACAUUGGUAAUUCAUAGAUAAGACAGCUUUGCAACAACAGAGGAGGUUCUAAAGCUUGUGGUCCAGAACUCAUAAAUGGGAGGGCUGAGUAAUGUAUAAAAAGCCUCCAUCCCUGCUACUGCUUCCUUCUACCAUCCUGCAGAUUAAAUGACCAUGGUCAUGGAGCUUAUGUGUCCAUAGUAGUAUUUAUCCCUUAGUAUCCAGCCUUUGACUUGUUUGAGGGAUGAUAAUUUUCAGAGAAUGUUCUUUUACCAGGACCAGAGAAAUCCAAAGUGAUUUAUCACUUUGACACUUCUCCAGUGGCUCAUGUAUGUGCUGACUUAUUCAGACCCUCUACCAUGGGAAGAAGCAGCAUCCUUCAUUCUUCCCCAUCCUAAAAGAAAUGCCCUGGUUAGCCAGAGCCUAUAUAUGCUCUUGGAAAUUAUCCAGAAUGUUAUUUGUUUAACUGUUGAACUCCCUUUUGAGGAAGUUAAGUACCUGCUUUUUGACCAGCGGUUUUUGUGUCAGUGUGAAACCUUCUUAAUUUCAAGACUGACUGGUAAGCUGGCACCAAUCCCAGGUAGAGAAGUGGCUAUCAAAUUUGUAACCAAUGAAGUGAUAAUUUAAUGUAACUGUCAGUUUCAAUGUAAAGAUUAAAAUCCUUUUCUUCUCUGAAUGAUGCCAAUGGUGCCUUCAAGGCACAAGUACUGGAGAUGGUUUCACCCAGUGGUUUUGUAGAUGCCCUUAUUUUCAACCCACUGGUGCCUCCUGUAUGUAGGUGUCUAUGAGGCCAUUCACCUGGGGGUUGUAGUCUCCAGUGGGAAUUACCUAUUGAAGCUUUUAGCUGUCUUGUGUUUAAAAAAUAAAAGGAAAAAAGUGGCAGCAAAAAGGUUUUGUUCCCAUACAUUUUGGUGGCCCUAGAAUUACUUGUCUUAUUCACCCUACAACCCUCAGAUGGGCAGAGUUUGGCCCUUCCUGGCAUAAAUAUUACUAGCACUCAGUGUCCUUUGUACACUUGCUCAGAGUGUCACCAAAGCCUUUGUAUUUUGGUACAACUUGCCCUUUCAUUGCUUUCACUCACAAAUCACAUUUCUUUGUUUGAUGUGUUCUAGUUAUUAGAAAAUCUCAAUAAAUCAAGUAGUGGCUUUUGCACCAAAAUUUAGCAGUUAGCUGUCAGUGUAUUUCCCUGCCUCAGCCUUUUUAAGUCCCCCACCCAGUACUUCCUGCUUCCUCCUCUGUCUGAGUCAAAAUGCCUAGAGUAGGAAAUUAGUCUGGGAGGAGAUCAAAGGACUUUAAAUGUAAUCAAUCCCCUAUUGACAGACCCUACAGAUCUACCCUUUGUUAAUUUAUUUCCAUUUUAGGCCUGGCUCCUCCAGUCAAGUGCCUCUCCUUUAAGUGCCCAAAGGCCUUUUAGACCUAGGUCACUAACUUGCUGCAAGACUUGAUAAACUGGUUGCAAAAGUUGUCCCCUUGUCUUAUAGCAAAACCUGGAAGCUAGGAGCCAACCUUGCCUGUAAAUUUAAUCCCUCUCCUUUUCUCUCUUGCUUUUCCUUUGAUCUUCAGAAGACUCACCCAGCUCUACUUGCUUUCUGCUUGAGUGUCUAGAGAGAUGCCUCCCCCAGUCGACUCUGGUUUUACAUGAAUCAUAUAUCAUAUUUAUAACUUUUGUAUGUUAUGUCAAUAAAAAUAAUUUAUACAAACA